GAGGGGUGUACGUAUCGCAAAAACGACUUCCUCCCUGAGGAGUCGUUUCGGAGCUGGAGCAACUACGGGAGGGCGCUUUUGGAUACUCCCUUUCGGUUCAAGGAUCGGGUCGUGACCCGCUCCAUGGAUCAAACGGAGCUCGUCGAGAUGAAGUCUCGCAGUCAGGGCGAGAUGAAGAAGACGCUCAACUGGUGGGACCUCAUAUGGUUCGGCGUCGGAGCCGUCAUCGGAGCCGGAAUAUUCGUGCUGACUGGACUUGAAGCCAGGGAGAAGGCCGGGCCGGCGGUUGUGAUCUCUUAUGCCGUCUCCGGCGUCUCCGCCUUGCUUUCCGUCUUCUGUUACACCGAGUUUGCGAUCGAAAUUCCCGUUGCAGGCGGGUCAUUUGCCUACUUAAGGGUAGAGUUAGGCGACUUUAUCGCCUUCAUAGCUGCCGGAAACAUACUUCUCGAGUACACAGUCAGCUGCGCCGCCGUGUCCCGGUCAUGGACCUCCUACUUCGCCACCCUCUGCAACAGAGGCUCCGACGACUUUCGCAUAAUCGUUCCCGGCAUGAACCCGAGCUAUGGCCACCUGGAUCCCAUCGCCGUCGUGGUUCUAGUCAUCAUCUGCAUCCUUGCCGUCUUCAGCACCAAAGCUUCCUCUCGUUUCAACUACGUCGCCUCCGUCAUCCACGUUGCCAUCAUCAUCUUCAUCAUCAUCGCCGGUCUCAUCAAAGCCAACCCUCGCAACUUCCAACCCUUCGUCCCCUACGGACCACGUGGCAUCUUCGUCGCCUCCGCCGUCCUCUUCUUCGCCUACGUCGGCUUCGACGCCGUGUCCACCAUGGCCGAAGAGACCAAGGACCCGGCCAGAGACAUCCCCAUCGGACUCGUCGGCUCCAUGGUGAUAACCACCGGAGCUUACUGCUUGCUAGCAAUAACCCUCUGCCUCAUGCAACACUACACCGAAAUGAUUGAUGUAAACGCACCCUUCUCCGUCGCCUUCAGCGCGGUGGGGAUGGAUUGGGCGAAAUACUUAGUGGCCAUCGGGGCGUUGAAGGGUAUGACGACGGUGAUACUGGUAAGCGCCGUCGGCCAGCUAGGUACUGGACUUGAGCAUAUAGCUCGGACCCACAUGAUACCGCCGUGGUUCGCUCACGUGGACGCCAAGCUGGGGACGCCGGUGAAUGCGACGAUCACGAUGCUUGCAGUGUCGGCGGUGAUAGCUUUCUUCACGGAGCUUGAGAUUCUGUCGAAUCUGUUGUCGAUUUCUACUCUGAUCAUCUUCAUGCUUGUUGCUGUGGGUCUUCUUGUUCGACGAUACUACACAACUGGAGAGACGACGAAAGCAAACCAGGUAAUGUUACUU